AUGUCGUUUAAACUUUUCGAUUUAUGGGUACGACGAGAGCGAAAACAAUAUGUUGUAGAUAAAUUACAAUCUCCUCUAACUGUGAUUGUUAAAGAGAACGAUUUAGACAAUGUGAGCAACAUAGUAGCUGAUUGGUUGGUGAAACACCAUCGCAGUUAUACAAUACGCCAUUUGGAAACUUUUAGAGAAAACAAUCACAUAUACAAAAAUGUCACUUUCCAAACGGCCUCUGGUAAAAAACAUACUGUUCGUUUUGAUAUUACCGCAUCAUUUAAAUGA